UUGCCGCCGAGGUCCGGGUCGGAGUCGCCGCCGCCGCCGCCACCGUGCCCCUGGCCAUGGGGCGGCGCCGGGCUCGCGCGGCCUAGGCGUCCGGCCUCCCGCGGGCUCCGCUGACGGGGCCGGGCCGGGCGCGUGCGAGCCGGCGGCGAGCGGCCGGGAGGCGGCGGCGUGGGAGCCGCGGCCACAGCCGUCCCGGGCUCGGGCAUCAUGAACAUCGACGUGGAGUUCCACAUCCGACACAACUACCCCUGGAGCAAGCUGCCGGCUAACGUGAAGCAGAGUCUUGGAAACUCACAGCGAGAAUAUGAAAAACAGGUUGUCCUGUACAGUAUCCGCAACCAGUUGCGCUACAGAAAUAACCUAGUCAAGCAUGUCAAGAAAGACGAGCGCAAGUACUAUGAGGAGCUGCUGAGGUACAGCCGCGACCACCUGAUGCUGUACCCUUACCACCUGUCUGACAUCAUGGUGAAGGGCCUGAGGAUAACACCGUUUUCAUACUAUGCCGGGAUCAUGGAGGACAUCAUGAACAGUGAGAAAAGUUAUGAUUCAUUGCCUAACUUCACUGCUGCCGACUGUCUGCGGCUUCUUGGCAUAGGAAGGAACCAGUACAUUGACCUGAUGAAUCAGUGUAGAUCUUCAAAGAAAUUCUUCAGAAGGAAAACUGCCCGUGACCUUCUACCACUAAAGCCAGUGGAAAUCGCCAUCGAGGCGUGGUGGGUGGUGCAGGCUGGAUAUAUCACAGAAGAUGACAUCAAGACAUGCACUUUUCCUGAGAAGAGCGCUAUUGAUAAGAUCAUCGACUCAGGUCCGCAGCUCUCCGGAUCACUAGAUUACAAUGUGGUGCAUAGUUUGUAUAACAAAGGCUUUAUUUAUCUGGAUGUGCCCAUAUCUGAUGACAGUUGUAUAGCUGUUCCUCCUCUGGAAGGUUUCGUAAUGAAUCGGGUACAAGGAGAUUAUUUUGAAACUCUGCUCUAUAAGAUAUUUGUGUCCAUAGACGAGCACACGAAUGUUGCAGAGCUUGCAAACGUCCUCGAGAUAGACCUGUCACUGGUGAAGAAUGCUGUUUCAAUGUAUUGCCGAUUGGGUUUUGCCCAUAAGAAGGGACAAGUAAUAAACUUGGAUCAACUUCAUUCAUCAUGGAAGAAUGUUCCCUCUGUGAACAGAUUAAAGAGCACUUUAGACCCACAGAAGAUGCUCUUGUCAUGGGAUGGCGGGGAGAGUAGGAGUCCUGUGCAAGAGGCGUCUUCGGCUACCGACACUGACACAAACAGUCAGGAAGAUCCAGCUGACACAGCCAGUGUAAGCAGUUUGAGUCUGUCCACUGGGUAUACAAAGCGUAUUGCAUUUUUAUUUGACUCCACUCUUACUGCAUUUUUAAUGAUGGGAAAUCUUUCACCGAACUUGAAAAGUCACGCAGUCACCAUGUUUGAAGUCGGCAAACUCUCCGAUGAGUCCCUGGACAGCUUCCUCGUAGAACUGGAGAAGGUUCAGAGCACCGGUGAAGGAGAAGCCCAGCGGUACUUCGAUCAUGCGCUCACUCUGAGGAACACGAUCCUCUUUCUGCGUCAUAAUAAAGAUCUGGUUGCUCAGACUUCUCAGCCAGACCAGCCCAGUUAUGGCUUUCCCCUGGAUCUCUUACGCUGUGAAAGCCUUCUUGGUUUGGACCCAGCGACUUGCAGCAGAGUUCUCAACAAAAAUUACACACUGCUUGUUUCCAUGGCACCCCUUACCAAUGAAAUCCGGCCAGUCAGCAGCUGUACCCCUCAGCAUAUUGGACCAGCUAUCCCAGAAGUAAGUUCUGUCUGGUUUAAAUUGUAUAUUUACCAUGUCACUGGGCAAGGACCACCAUCUCUCUUAUUGUCCAAAGGUACGAGACUUCGGAAACUGCCAGAUAUAUUCCAGGGUUAUGAUCGGCUACUUAUAACCUCUUGGGGCCAUGACCCUGGGGUAGUUCCUACGUCAAAUGUGCUCACGAUGCUGAAUGAUGCUUUAACACACUCCGCAGUGCUAAUUCAGGGACACGGUUUGCAUGGGGUAGGAGAAACUGUCCAUAUACCGUUUCCGUUUGAUGAAGCAGAGCUACAAGGAGCGUUUCCCCGUGCCAGCGCGGGUGUCCACAGAGCACUGCAGCUCUUGAGGGACAAAGUGGACUUGCAGCACUUCUGUGGCUAUGUCACCAUGCUGAAUGCUUCCAGCCAGCUCGCAAGUAGAAAGCUCAGUGACGCGUCUGAUGAGCGAGGCGAGCCUGAUUUGGCGUCUGGUUCAGAUGUAAAUGGGAGUACAGAGUCAUUUGAAAUGGUCAUUGAGGAAGCAACUUCAGAUUCGGCAAUAAAACAAAAUUCCGGGGCCACAGCGGAAGAAGAUUGGGUUCCUCUUGAGCUGUGUUUUGGAAUUCCUUUGUUCAGUUCUGAACUAAACCGGAAAGUGUGUCAGAAAAUAGCUACGCAUGGCCUUUGCAGCAGAGAGAGCCUUCAAAGCCUCUUACAUUCCAGUAGAAAACUCUCUCUGCAAGUCCUUAACUUUGUCCACUCAUUCCAGGAAGGUGCUUCAACUCCGGAUCUUCACACGGAACCCAGCUUUCCCAGUGUGCUGUCCCAGUCGUCCUGCGCUGAUACGGGAGUUCCACUUCCUGCCAAAAACCUAGUGUUCAAAGACGGCGUCUUGUCAGAGUGGAGUGGACGCUCGCCCUCCUCCCUUCUCAUUGCUAAUCUCCACCUGCAAUAAUUCCAUUACACCGUUUCCUGCUCACACGUUCUGCCUUUUCCUUUCUUGACGUUGGCUUUACAGUGUCAGCCACCAAGAGCACCUGCUGCUGCGGCGCGGUCGUGCUGCACCGUAGGCAGCGCUCGGAGUGUGCCCCGCUUUCCGAAGCCGUGCUGGUGUACAUCUUACUGCCCAGCGCUGCGUUUGUACCUUGAGACAAUCUGCGUUUCUUUUAUAGAACUAAGGAUAUACUUUAUAGGCUUUAGAUGACUGUUAGGUGUGUAAGCAGUCACUAUGAAUAUUGAGGUGGGAGUUUUAUAUGUUAGUUUCUCAGACAUAACCUGGUUUAAUUUUAUAUUUUGUUAUCUACACUAAGGGGAUCACAGGAGGAGAAGGAACGCUGCCUCCAACAGGUAGUCACGUUAGAAAGUGGCGAGCAGCCAGAGUGAGAGGUCUCCCAGGGCAUUAAGGGUUCCUGUGGAUGUCUGUAAAUUAUGUAUGUCAGGUGAACAUGAUUGGGGGAAUGACAGUCAGCAGAGUUGUGGAAACUUAACCUUGACUCAUGAGGUCUUAACUGACUAUUCAUUGACAUCUCAUGGAAAACGUUCUAUUUUUAAAUGAUGUUUGUAUGUCGACUUCUGUUGUCACUCAACUUUGGGCUUUAUAUUUUCAUAGAGUCUUUAUGGAACAAUAGACUUUAUUUUCCACUUGCAGUUGAGGCUGUCGCAUGUCUCACUUUGUCUUGUAGCUUUACCAAUGCACUGUUAGGACAGCUGACUUGGAUUUCAAAGCAAGGGUUGUGGUCGGGAGCUGCACAGUAGCAGCAUCGGGGCUGUCUUUGAACUUAGCUCCAUGCAAGGCGAUUCUGCACACAGCUCAGGGGACAGUGGGGCGGAGAGCACCGUCUGGUCUCGUGCUUCUUCAGGAGUUACUUCUUUCAGAAUCUCAGAUGUCAGAAUAUUUGGAACCAAACAGAUGUUUCCGGUCACCUUCCUUGGGGGAUUGCGCAGUGUUAGUUGAGCUCCCCUCAGAGGGCAGUUACUUGCUAGUGUGAAGCUAACCCGAGCUAACAGGUCAGGCUUUGACUGUUUGAAAAUGGCUGAGCUUGACAGUCUUGCUGAUGGCUUUUGUUACUUAUACAACUGAUAUGUGUGUAUUUAACAAACUUCUGGAAGUAUAUGCCUUUCUUGAAACCGUUCUAGUGGCCAUGCAUUUAAUACCAUGGCCUGUCUGUAGAAUUGAGUAUUUUGGACCAGGUGACCUGUAGCACAGUUGGUGCUGUGUUUGGGGUAAAUGCAGUAAUGUUUAGUUUUCUACUUUGUCUUGUAUAGGGUGGAACUGUGUGUAUGUCACGUUUGUCUGUAAAGGAAAAGUACAUAGUAAUAUUAAAAUGAUUUCUAUGACUGUGAAGUACUCAUUAAUUUUUCCAAUAACUGAUACUGUACAUUCCUAGUGCUACUGGCUAUGUGUAUAUGUAACUUUUACAGUUCCAACUGAAGGUUGUAAGUAUUUCGUUUGAUCAGGGCUCUUUAAUCUCAUUUUAUUUUGCUUUGUUUGAGUUAACUGUAGGUAUUUAUCCUUGUAUUAGCAGUCGAGCGCCAACUCUAAUGACAUGUACACUAAUAAAGAAUUGGACAGUUGUAGUUACAGCAGUGAGUCCAGUUAUUGCUGAGUUUAUAGAUUAACAUAUGGGAGUGAUUUGCUGCUAUAAUUCCUUUGCAAAACACUGAGGAAGAGAUGGAGUCUAACCACGGUCAUGAACUUCAGGGACAGUGCUAACAAGACACGUUUCAUCUCUGGUUUCUUGUUUGAAUGGGCAGAGUGGGGCCAUCAGACUCCCAGCUGAUGUCCCGUCUUAGGGUGCGAGUGUUUGUGCUUUGCUUUAUGAAUAGGCCUGUUCCACUAGUGAGCUCAUGCCAAGAUGCCUCUGUUAAGUUGCUUAAAAAUAAAAAAUAAAAUAGACUUUGUUCUUUGCCAAAGAGACUUGAUAGAGGUUGUGUCCAGUUACUCUGCAAAUGUUUAAUUCCAUUAGGCUAUACACCGUCCUCAUUGUUCUCCCUCACUGUUACUGUAGCUUGACCCAUUGCGAGCAAACAUGCAGACACCAAGAAAAAAAGAGCUAUGAAUAUCAGAAAGGGCAUAGGUUAGUAGGGGCCAGGCUCACCGCACAGAUGCAUCUGAAACCGUGCGGCUUGUGUCAGUCACAAAGUUAGGCCCAUUUGGGUCUUAGAGCAGUGGUUCUCAACCCCUUCACAGAAGCCACAUAUCAGAUACCCUGCAUAUCAGACAUUUAUGUUACAAUUCGUAACAGCAACAUUACAGUUCUGAAGGAGCACCGAAAAUAAUGUUGUGGUUGGGGUCACCGCCGCAUGAGGAACGGUCGCAGCGUUAGGAAGAGCCACUGCCUUUCUUGUUUAAAAUAUGUAACCAGAUGGUUUUGUAUUUGUUUGAGGGAAGUGAUUUCUCUUACUGGGUGUUCUGUUUUUGCUGCCAUUCACAUUCAUAUUUUUAUGUUCUGUGUUUCAAAUACACUUUGUAUUCGAGGAUUUUAAAGUACCAAAACUGUAACUCAGUACAGUGCAUUGUUUUCUGUCAUGAUGUUAAUAUUAUACAAUGCAAUUGUAUAAAGUGUUGUCAAUUUGAUUAUUGACACAAAUAACAUGUUUACAAAUAAACUGUGGUGUUGAUCGA